UGUUUUCAGGACGUAACCAAAGAGGCAUGAUGGACCUGCUGAGGAUCGCCGUGUCUUUUCACAUUCUUCUCUGUCCUGCAUGGACCCGGCACUCUAACUUAGGCAGCAUCUUCCCAGUCCAUGCGGUUUUCGGGUUUCUGGACGUUCCGAAGACAUUCGACCCCUGUUGUCUCAUGUCACCUCCGCCGCCGCCGCUCUUCCCUCCUCCACCUCAGCUUUGGAGACGAGCGACCCCCGAUUUGGAACCAACCGUUUUUCAAGGCAAAAUGGAGGAAAAAACAAAAACCACGAGCCAGGAGUGUUUAUUUGGACCUCCAGGACCUCCUGGACCAAUGGGCCCAGAGGGUCAACGUGGAUUACCUGGUCUAAAAGGACCAAAAGGGGAAAAGGGAGAAAUCGGACGCCCCGGGUCAAAGGGUCGCCCCGGUGCUCCAGGCCUUCCUGGAAAACCAGGAUUUCCAGGGCUGCCUGGUCCAGAAGGAACUCAGGGGGAGAAGGGAGACACRGGACUCAUGGGUUUACCAGGUCUGCGGGGUCCACCAGGACCAAAGGGUUUACCUGGUUAUCAAGGCGACAAGGGGCAAAGGGGUGAAACUGGCCCAGCAGGACCAAGAGGAGAAAAGGGCUCCGUUGGUUUACCUGGGAUGCUUGGGCAAAAGGGCGAGCUGGGUCCGAAGGGAGAGCCGGGUGUUCCAGGGAAGAGAGGACCAACUGGGAGACCAGGAAAGAGAGGCAAACAGGGUACAAUGGGCCACACAGGAGCCCCAGGACUCAUGGGCCCACCAGGACCUCCUGGUCCCCACGGUCACCCUGGCCCACCUGGCCCACCCGCCUCAGGUCUCUUUCUAGUCGGGGAGAAGGGAGAGCAGGGUCCACCGGGUCGCUGCGACUGUAACACUCUUGUUGGAGCAAAUAACGCCCCCUUUGGACAUUAUUACACCCAACGACGUGGCAGCAAUAAACUCACUGCAAUAUUUGUGGUGAGCAGUGAGGAGGAGAUGGGACGCAUAACUCUAGACAAUGCGAUCGCACUCAGGAGGGAUCAGAGGAUGCUUUACUUUAAAGAUAAAGAUGGCUGGAGCCCCUUACAGCCCUUUCAGCCCUUCCAGUCCACGGAGAAAGUCCCGGACAGAGUGGGUGUGUGUGGGGACGGGAAGGUGCAGACCCAACACGGGGAGGAGUGUGACGAUGGAAACCAGAUUGUCACUGACGCGUGUCUCAACUGUAAAUGGGCCUACUGUGGAGAUGGUUACCGACAUGAAGGGAUGGAGGAGUGCGAUGGAAAAGACUUCGGUUAUCAGACCUGUAAAUCYUACCUUCCUGG